ACUUAAUAUCUAACAAACAAACUAACAGCAAUGCUAACUUGGAAAAAAGUCAACAGGAUUGCCAUUGGACAUUCCAGCUUCAUUUUAGGAUUACUUCACUUGCUCACGGGUGCAGUUAAAACAAAAUCAUUCGGAAGGGCUUUUGCACCAGAUUUGUACCAUGAAAUGACUGUUUAUUUCUCUGUUGCUCAUGAUGUUCUUCCACUAUAUGAAAUUAUAAGUCCAAUGCGAAUGCAAGAAAUAUUUGCGACAUUGGAAAUGCUUUGUGGUUUCAUGUUGAUAUCGAGACAAUUGAUUCCUUUGGCUGGCAUGGUUCUAUCACUGGUGUUACUUUGUCACUGUUAUCUUCUCAAUUUGUUGGAUCAAUUUUAUUGGCACAAUCUUACUUUAUCAUUCGGAGCUUUUAUCCUUGCUAUGUUUGUGAGGCAGGAACCCUAUUGGUAUGAAGGCUGAGGAUUAGAAUACAUAUAUUACUUUUUAGUGAUUUUUAUGCUGGUUUGGAAAUGAAGCUCCUCUUUCUUCUCUCCAAAUCAUGCUUUUUUAAAUUGAGUCUUAUUACUUAUACCAAAUAAAAGAAAGUGUAAUGCAGUGCCUUAUAGACUAAAUAACACUUAAUAAGUGUUCCAGUUUCUUCAAACCUGAUUAAUUAAGUAAUCAUGAAGUAUUUGAUUGUCGAAAUAUUUUUUUAUAUUUUCUUAUAUUUUUUAUCCAAUAUUUUGCAUUUUUGAAAUGUUCAAUCCAUUA